AUGCGCAUGCUGAGUGAGCAGUUUGAUGCUCGGUCAAACUUCUUCCUUGUGAAUCUUCGCCAGGGGGCUAGCCGGUUAGGCCGAGGGGCACAGCAAGGCAUUUUCAUCACGUGCUGCAAUAUCGCUGCGAUUUUCCAGUAUGGGGAUGAAAAUGGAGCUUUUGCUACGGAUUUUGCUGGCGACCCAAGUACUUCCACUGCAGACGCCUAUGUCAAUGCCAAGCAGUGGGCAUCUACAACAGCACCUAUCGACUUAAACAGAUAUCCCUACACCGACUUCUCAUCUCAAUUUGCAUUCCUUGCAAGCUCUCUCGCUUUCCACACCCUGAUCGUCAUCCUUGGCCAAGCCAGCGAGUCAACUAUGCACCCGGCCGUGCAUGCCUCUUUGAAAUUCCUGUGGUGCCUCUCGCUCCAUCCAGCAGCCAUUCAACGACUCGAGCCGCUAGUUCCAUGGUUGAUACUCGCAAAUUAUCUGAAUACUUUGCUUCAACCCAACAUCGAUAUUACAAAAAUUGAAGCCGAAUCAUUUCCCCACAUAGAUGGCACACCCACCAAGAAAUUGCCGGAAGACUUGCUGAUUAGAGGACACAUCUGGAGCCGGCUGUAUUACCCUGCGAAAUUCUUCGAUCAGAUGGGUGUAGACAUUGACAGACCAUUGAUUGAGGAGCCGUGGACGAUGCUUCCGAGAAGGCAUAGGUGCCUGUGGCUUGGAGUGCGGAUUGCAACUGUUUGUCUUACCUAG